AUGCCGUUUUUCAAAAUCUUAAGGAAGGGCACUAAAUUUCUAUGGACAGAGGAAUGCCGAGCGGCAUUUGAAGAUCUCAAGGUAUAUCUAGCAAAACUCCCGACUCUGACCAAGCCGGUCCCGGGAGAAACGUUGUAUCUGUACAUAGCAGUGGGGAAAGACGCAAUCAGCUCUGUGCAUAUCAGAGAGGAGGGAAGUCACCAGAAACCUAUCUACUUCGUCAGCCGAAUCAUCCAGGGUCCUGAAUUGAACUACACAGAGAUAGAGAAGGCUGCUCUGGCGGUCAUGGUCACGGCGAGAAAGUUGAGGCCAUAUUUUCUGUCACAUCGGGUAGUGGUGCGCACUGCCUUACCUUUCAAACAAGUGCUAGGGCGCCCGGACUUGUCGGGCAGAAUGGUGAAGUGGGCUGUGGAGUUGGGGGAGUAUGAUGUGGAGUACGAGCCAAGAACAGCGAUCAAAGCACAAGCGUUGGCAGAUUUCAUCCAAGAAACAACUCGCCGUCCCGUACCGGAAUUUUGGGUUGCCUUUGUGGACGGAUCAGUGACAAAAGAUGGAUGCGGAAUUGGGGUAUAUAUCACAUCACCAGGGUAUGGUACAUAUCAGUUUGCAAUCAAAUUCACUUGCCGACUGUCCAACAAUGAAGCGGAAUAUGAAGCUGUGGUCAGAGGGGCACACAUUUUAUCAGAACUCAAGGCCGAAUGUGUCAUCAUCAAGACAGAUUCCCAGUUAGUGGCCCAACAAUAUUCAGGGGGUUAUAGUGUCAAAGACGAACGCAUGAGGGCGUACCACCGCAAGCUCAGCGAGAUGAAGGACAAGUUUAUGGAAUUCAAAAUCGAGCAGAUUUCUCGGGAGGAUAAUACGAAAGCAAACCUACUGGCGCGAAUGGCUAGUGCAGUGGAACAAACCUGGAGUGAUGAAAUUAUUUUACUCUGUGAUACCAGAGAUAUGGGGACUUCACAGGUCUUCUCCGUAGAAAUCAGAGACGACUGGCGGGCUCCUAUUUUACACUUUCUCAAGACAGGGGAGCGGUUGAGCAAGGAAUCUAAUCAGAGGGCACGAUACGAAAAUUAUUGCUUACUUAAUGACCAACUCUACAAACGAUCCUUUACUCAGCCUUUACUAAAGUGCUUAUCUCCAGAGGAAGCUAACUUUGCGUUAAAUGAAGUUCAUGCAGGUUGUUGUGGUGGUCACACGGGAUUCUGGGACCUUGUACGCAAAAUCAUUCGGGCAGGGUUCUACUGGCCUAAUAUCAACAAAGACGCCAGAGAGUUUGUCCGCAAGUGCGAGGCUUGCCAGAGACACGCUGGGAGAAUCAACGUUCCAGGGGAGCCUAUGGGCGUUAUGUACGCUGCAUGUCCAUUCAACAAAUGGGGUAUCAACAUAGUCGGGAAGCUGCCCAUGGCACCAGGAGGCAAAUGUUUUCUACUCGUAGCGGUGGACUACUUUUCUAAGUGGGUAGAGGCUGAAGCUGUGGGAAAAAUUGAUGAGGUGACUGUGAAGCGCUUCAUUUGGCGGAAUAUAUGCUGCAGAUUUGGUGUGCCCAUGAUCAUCGUCUCUGACAACGGAACCCAGUUCACUGGGCAGAGGAUCGUGGAUUUCUGUGAUCGGAUGGACAUCACUCAAAGAUUCGUCUCGGUAGCUCAUCCGCAAGCGAAUGGCCAAGUGGAGUUGGCCAAUAGGACAAUAUGCAAAGGGAUCAAGAAGAGGCUGACUCAGAGCAAAGGCAAAUGGGUUGAGGAGCUGGAUACCGUACUUUGGGCCUACCGCACUAGCCCAAAGACAGCCACGGGUGAAGCACCAUUCACUCUGGUGUAUGGAUCUAAUGCGGUAAUACCAGCAGAGGCAAGAUUGGAAUCAUAUCGAAUAACAACCUACGAUACUGAGCACAAUGCUGAACUUCGCCGAGCAGAGCUAGAUUUGGUGGAAGCACAGAGGGAUGAAGCCCGGGUCAGAGCAGCAAAAUACAAAGGCAUUAUCAAGGCAGGGUAUGACAAGCGGGUCAGAGCGCGGAAAUUGUCAAAGGGAGAUCUGGUUCUCAAGCGGGCUGAUGCAUUGAAGGCAGUGGGCAAGUUCGAAGCUAAUUGGGAAGGCCCGUUUAUCAUCACAGAGGUCAUAGGGGGUGGAGCUUAUACAUUGUCGGAUCCAGACGGCAGAGCUCUUCCUAGACCAUGGAAUAUUAACAGUCUCAAAAAGUUUUAUGUAUAA